UCGUCAACUCCAGACUUCAUUCCAGUGUCCGACUUAACCGACGACGCGUCUUCACGAAAGACGAGCAGUUUCCGAAUUACCACACGAUACAUUUGUACAUCGUUCUCAUUUGACACGUUGGAUCAUCCGUAGUAGCGCGAUGUACGCGAGUUGAAAGGUCGUCUUUCGAUACGAACGCGGUACGCGUCCUCCAUGGUGUUUUAGGACUAGCAGGCCGUCUUAUAACGGUGGUGUCCACCUCAGGUAAAACUUGUUAUGACUUAAUACCCCGAGGCGUCCCGGGUGGAUGGAAGGAUUCUAUUGACGUUAUUCCCUCCUAGAAGCGAUGACUGAUAAAAACAACUUAAACCACAUAGACGAGGCCGGUGAAGACGUACCGUGCAUACCGGAUGAGAAACGGUCGAUAGUCUCCGCAAGCAAAAACGAAGAGAACAACGGCACAGAUGCGGACAAGAAGAACAACGACAAAGCGAACAGUUUCUCGGAUAAAAAAAUUAGAAGUGUCAAAUUUACGCCCCCGCCGGCGUCCAAGUUCGAGAAAUGGUGUUCGGAGAAAACGGGUCUCUCCAGGCUAGGACUCCUCGUCUUCGCCAUCCUCGUCUUUACACUUUUCGUUUUGUUCCUCGCUGUCCUUAUAAUGUCGUGGAUGUGGCCGAAGAUACCGCACUCGAAGAUGUUCCCCGUUUGCAGGAUGCCUCAUUGCCUCCUCGCUUCAUCAGAGAUUAUUUCUAAAAUGAAUGACUCCAUAAAUCCUUGUGAAGAUAUGAGGGACUACGCAUGUGGCCACUGGCUAAGUACACAUACGGUACCUCGGGAUGAAAGUGUUUGGAAUGUUAAGCAACUGAUGAAGCACAAACACAAGGAAUCACUGAGGAAUCUCAUCAACACGAUGCCUUUCCCCAGAGAUGUAGAAACUCUUGAAUGGCGCGUGUUAAACAUGUAUGAUUCCUGUAUUUCCCUUGGAACCGUGGAAACCGAAGGAAAACGUCCUUUAAUCAAGUUAAUCAGCAAAUUAGGUGGAUGGAAUGUAUUAAAAGACUUUUUUAUACACAGCUGGGAUCACAAGAAAGCCCUGAAAACGCUUCACUCUAAAUACAAUGUACAGCCAUUUUUCAAGAUAGAUAUAGUACCAGAUCCACAAAAUCCUAUUGAGGGUAUAAUUCAGAUAUCUCCAGGUAAUUUGGGUCUACCUGACAAGAGUUACUACGAUCGGCAUUCAGAAGACAAAAUUGUUAUGGCAUACAAAACAUUUUUAAGAGACAUAGCGAUCACACUUGGUGCUACAAGUGACGAUGCAUCGUUUUUCAGCAACAAUAUGUUCGGUUUUGAAAAACGGCUCGCCGAACGUUUUCCAUCUAGGCUGCCUGAAAGGCAAGCGCAUUACAGGGCGACAAUAGGCAAACUUGAAGAUAUCGCACAAUCGGUGCCGAUAUUUGAUGUAUUAAUAUCGAUGUUUCCUGAAGCGAGACUAAAUAAAAAAUCAGAAGUUGUAGUCAUAGCCUCUGAUUACCUGGUAAAUGUUUCACUGAUAUUUGCCAGUACAGACAGAAGUUUAAUGAAUGACUUUAUGAUGCUGAAAUUUGCUGUUGGCUACCUUGCAUAUUUGUCUAAGCCAAUCAGAAAUAUUCUUAAGGAGUUUAAUCAACAGCUUUAUGGUAUAAAGGAGUUGAAACCUAGAUGGGAGAUGUGUGUUGAAACACUUCAAAAGUUUGUUGGAUUCGGUCUAGAGGCAAUGUUUGAAAAGUCUGAUCCUGAUGUUACAAAAAAAGUAACUGUUGUAAAUGAUAUAUUCCAACAAAUUAGAUCCACAAUAAAAGAAGCGAUUGAAAAUUCUAACAACUUGCCGGCCCAUAUUAAAGAUCAUUUCUUAGAUAAACUGAACAACAUUAAGAUCCAAGUUGGCUUAGAUCCAUCAAUGAGACAUAAAGACUACUACAAGGUCUAUUACUCCGAACUGGUCUCAGUGAAAGAUGAUUUCUUUCAAAAUGUUUUGUACGGGGUGAGCUUCUUGUUGAAAAAACAACAAGAACGCCUUUCCAACCUUGCAGAUGAACACAAGUGGGUGGAUGUAGUUUCAGAUGGUCAACUGAGAGUCACGUACAUACCAGAAAGUAACCAAGUAGUCGUACCCAUUGCAUUAUUAUCACCACCUUAUUUCCAUCCAUACUAUCCAAUGAAUAUUCUAUAUGGAGGACUGGGUACAGAAAUUGGACUUGCUAUAAUUUUAAGCAUUACCGGGCGUGGGUUGUUCCAUGCAGGGGAUGGAAUGAUGCUUCCUCCAGAUCACCCAUUGCACAACCGGACGCACGAAUGUUUUAUCCACCACCCCAGUGUCACGCCUCAUUUAGAAGCUAUUAAAUAUACCUAUAUGGCUCUGAGAAAUACUCUGGCAAGGAUGAAACAUGUUCACCAACCAGGGAUGGAAAAUUUAGAGGACAGCGAUAUUUUCUUUCUGUCUUAUGCUCAGUCUAUCUGCACAAUGAAAACUCAAGAACAAGCCGAUGUUGAUUUUAGAGCGCAACACAAAUUCGGUGACAUUCGCCUGUUAGACUUGCUGAUGACAAAAUCGAAGGAAUACUCCAAUACAUUUUCUUGUGAUAGAGUACUGCGGAGAGACAGUUGUGAUACUCUUAUUUGAUUGUGUGACUGCCCUUAUCCUACUACUGAAAUAAAAGUCCAUCCAAAAUGUCUUAACCCUUUUGAUUAUCUAUUUAUCUAAAAAUACCAUUUUUUCUUCAUUUUACAUUACUUUUUGUUGUGUAGUAUAUUUUGCUCUAUAUCCUUACUCUGAAUGAGUUUUUCACCAUUAUUUAAUUGUUAAAGUCAUGUGAUAAAAAUAUUUGUUUUUCUUCCUGUAGAUUUUUUAUAAAAUUUCAUUUUAAGGUUGUGUAAAUUUUAUUUUAGAUUUAAGCCUACUUUAUAUUUGGUAUAAUUAUGUUAAAAUUUAAAAAAAAAUCUCCAUUUAGGAUUACUUGCAGUUGGAUCAUCCAAGGAUUCCUUAUCCAAUUUUCAAGUGCCAUAAUCCUAAAAAUAUAUCUAUUAACUUAUUCUUGUAUAUUAUAAAAUAUUUAUAUGGAUUGAUGUUGUUUUAAAUAAAAUGUGAUUUAAUGAAUGUUCAGUUUCAGUAUCUAUAUUAAAAACAAUCUUUCUGGAUACUUGAGAUUAGUUUGUUUUUAGGCUUAGAAUGCUUCCUCUUUUCAAUUCUUUUUAUUUUAUAUUCCUACUUUUGCUUAAGUUGAAUUGCUUUUGGGUUGCUGUUCAUUUGACAACUGUGUUCCUCAUAAUUAUCAUGUUUCUAUAAACCAUGACUAUACAUAAAUAAAUAUAAAAUACUCUCUUUCCAUGACAUUUGUGUAGUGUUGACUGUUUUAAGAUUGUAAGAUAAACACUCUAAUAUAAUUGUGACCUUAAUAUUUUUAUCAAAUGUAUAAAUGUUUCCUCACUUUGAAUGUAUAUUUUGAAUAAUGUGGUUCAGAAUAAAAACGGAAAUAUAUGGAA